AUGACGACACCGGAGGUGACCGACGCCGAGAUCCCUAAGGCGCUACUGAAGCGUCUCAUCAAGGCCAAACUUUCCACAGUCGCUGGGGCAGAUCCAACCAGGGACUACCAAAUUCACAAGGAUGCACUGCUGGCCUUUCAAGAAGCAGCCAAGAUUUUCAUCCACUACCUGACGGCCACAGCCAAUGACGUGUGCCGGGAUGCACGGCGACAGACGAUUAGCGCCGAGGAUGUGCUAACUGCCCUCAAUGACCUCGACUUUGGGGAGGUCACAGGCGAGCUGACGGAAGCUCUGGAAGAUUUCCGCACUGAGGCGAGGGAGAAGUCAAAGAAGAAGGCUGAGGGGAAGAAGCGGAAGGCCGAAGCUACAUUUCUUUCAUCCGGGGGUAUGAAGUUUGCGGCUGCCUUGCGGAACAGCGCGGAAGAGCUGCCCGAUGCCGCGGAGCUUUUCACCCUAUAUAAGCACCUGAAGAAGUCCCUGAAGCGCAUCCCCUGCGGCGAUGCCGGCCAUGACGACUCCAGCCUGGUGGCGGACCCCGCCUCCGAGUUCGGGGAGGCCGCGAGCGGGGACGAGGAUGAGGCAGACACCGCCCUGGAGCUGCCCUCCCUGGACGCCUCCGCAGCCACCCUGGCCGACAGCGCCCAGGAUGCGGCCGCUGCUCUGGACGAGGGCGAGCGAGCCUUUGUUGCGGAGCUGACGCGGGACGUGGAGCAGCUGAACGAGCAGUACAUGGAGAAGGAGGAGGUGAAUGUCAUCCGCUUUGGCACGCUGAAGGACCAGGCUGCGGCGGCCAGGUCUCGCCAGGAGCUGCAGCGAGCCUACCGCGCUGUGGUCGACUUCCACGGCGAGCUCCUCCUGGUCCUGCACUGGAGCAUCCUGGCAUACACUGGCCUUGUCAAGAUUCUGAAGAAGCAUCACAAGCGGACGGGCCUCCUGCUGCGGGCGCCCCACCUGACCAACAUGCUGGGCCAGCCUUUCUGCUCCGUGGAGGCCGAGGGCCCCACCAGCGUGGCCGACGCCGAGGUUCAUCACGGCUCCAGCCUGUCGGCCGACAGCCACGUGUGCGGCAGCAGCGCGGGCGGCCUUGCGGCGCCCGGCGACGGCCCGGGCUGCCACACCGAGCCGCGGCACAAGCGGCGGCGCGAGCCCGCGCGCAUGGGGGAGGGCGCCAUGAGCGAGGGGUCGGCGGGGGGGGGCGCGGCAGGCGGCGAGGAUGCCGUGACCAAGCCCGUGCCCCAGGGCUCGGGCUCCACCACUGCCACCGCCACGGCCACGGCGACGACGACGGGCGCGCCGUCGGCGCGGCCGACGGCGGGCAGCAGCGUCCUGCGCCGCACGCGCGCGGCGCUGGGCCUCUGGCGCCAGCUCCAGGUCACCGCCAGCACGCCCUCCACGGUGUUGCCGCCGGGGGCGGGCCUGGAUGCGCGCCGCGCGCUCAGCGUGGGCGCCGCGCCGGCCGGCAGCGGGCUGACCAACAGCUCGGCCGCCUGA